UUACUGGACCUGUUCACACAGUGGGAUUGGUCGACCUACCUGGCUGACUACGGCAAACCCACCUGCAAAUACCUGAGAGUCAACCCACACACUGCACUGGCCCUGCUAGAGAAGUUAUUUAAGCCGAUGAGGGAGACGAGCAGGAAGAACAACGUCUUCGCCCAGUUCAGGAAGACGGACAGAGACAGACAGAAACUCAUCGACACCGUCAUCAAACAGCUACGCAACCUCAUCGCACAGCACCACACCUAGAGUGGGCCUCCUGAUUAGAUCAGCUGGCCUGGAGCCACCAUCCAAUUGGCUGAUUUGAAACCAUCCAGCCUGACGUCAUUGAUCUGUUCAACCAUACACCUUUUUGGCUGAUCUAUGCACCUUAACUCCACUGGACUUCCAACUACCGCAGCCAGUUCCUAUUGGUCAUAUCUAACACCUAAAGCAACCAGUCUAAACCUGCAACAAGCUCAUUGGAUAACAAGCUUCAUUCGUCUGCUAUGUGACUGAAACUCUACUGAUUAUUAGGCCUCAACGAAGCGAUCCCAUUGGUUACUUCCUGACUGAAGACUGAGAUGAACUCACUCUCAGUGAGAAACUCACUACAUGCGAAUGCCGAACUUUAAUCUCUUCAUAAACCAAACCAAGGCUGUCCGAUUCAAAUUCAAUCCUACGGAUCUAAACUGAGUAUUCAUAUUAGCUGGAGAGAAGGAAGUAAAGAAACUCUCUUAUUUGAUUGGUUCCUCCAAAAUAAUUUCCAUCAAACAAACCUGAAGUCUUCCUAACAGCUGAUAUUUAAGAAAAAUUGGUGAUAUUAUGUAUUUUUCUUAUUGUCAACAAACCAAAUGUGUAUUGAUCUGCCCCUGAAAAUAGUCCCCAACAAGUGCUCCAUUUUAAAAACUGCACCACGCGCUGUUUUAGGAAAUUUAAAAAUCGAAAAUUUGUGACCUAUUUUUCUAUUCUUUAGUAGAAACCAACGCAUCGUUAGUUUUGGUCUUUUUGUUUGGUAAUUUCUUGACACAAAUAUAGCAUAUAACCAAUCGCAUCCUUGAUCUUAUUCGUAAAGGCAACUUUAAUGUGAGGGAUUUCUGACCUGUGGAGAACAGGAAAGCUAAAAGAAAUAGCAUAAAAGAUUAUAAAAUUACACAUUAACAUUAAGGUGGCGCAUGUCAGUGAAAAUAUGUGAUUAUCAAGGAGCAAAGCCAGCUAGAACAGUGAGGAAAAGUACUUAAAACCACAUUAUAAUUAAUAUACAAAUGCAGUGUAGUCAACUAAAGUGUUCCCAACCCCAUGAGUCGUCUUCUUGUUCAUCCUUCAAGCGUGAAAAAAAAUCUUCCAGCUUCUAUUUGUGAUGAAACAGUUUUUGCUUCAGUCACUCGAUGCUAUUGGGAAUUGUUUAACAUAAUUGUAUGUCUGCAGUUUGGGAACGUGAUCCUUUUGGCUGUGACUAAUGGUAGACUCCUGUGGGGGGUUUUCGUAAGACCUCGCAUUUUCAUAGAAUUUAUUCUUCGUACCACAAGCUUCCCAUUUCCUAAAAUGUAACUGGAUGGUUAAGCAGUCUGUCCUCAUCCCCCUUUCCCUAGGAGACAACCUUUAAUGUCUUCCACAUUGCUCCCCCCUCACUGAGGCACAAUGACCGAACGUAUUGAAUGUACAUCAGAGAGGGUCGACUUCCGUAGCAGAAUAUCAUUUUAGGUUGUGACGUUUUAACAUUGCAGCCAGAAAAGCACUGAACUGAAGAUCAGGUCUGGAAAACAACGGAUAUCGGUGGCGAAUCAACAGAAUGUUACUGCAGUAUGUCCCUUAUUGUCUAAUAAAGGGGGAUAUUAACACGACAUGGCAACCCUUUUCCCAUCUUAAUACACAACCUGGGAACACUUGAACACGCGACGCUGCUCAGAUCUGGCGAUGUUAUUCCCUCUUCGUAAAGAAAGCACAGUGAGUGUUUGGGCUCUUAAAGGGGGAUGUUGUCCAAACAUGGCAACCCAUUUCUCAUCUUUCAAACUGGAUCAUAUUUGAAUUUGGGGGGGAGGAGGGGGGCGUGUUGAGCAUUUUCUACUCUUCAUGUAUAAAUAACUGGGUCUUAAAGAGGGGGAUAAUGCUCUAAUCUGGCAACCGCUAUAAAGUAUGUAGUGUUUUGUUUUGCCUGGUUGACUAGAAAGGAACUAAUUUGUAUAGAAACCGUUGUACUAAUGCCGAGCACACACACUUUUAUGUCUUCCAUAAACACAUGCCAAGCUGUGUGUGUGUAGUAUGGAGACUUGUACACACACAAAGGUUUGUUUAGUUGAAGCACAGCACAUCAUUACACUAGAUUAUUAUUUUUUAAACUAAUAUGGGUCUCUUUGCUCUUGGUGUUUCUUUUCUUUUUUUUCAAACUUGGGUGCAAUAAUAGCGUUAGAAACUGCAGCAUUUUCUGUGUGUGUGUGUGUUUGUGUGUGUUGAUUAUGGCGCUUUAUAAAAGGGAUUCAAACCUUCAGUGUGUCAGAAGGGAAUUUGAAGUCUUCCGCUUCCUCUCUGUUCCACAAAAGGUGGACGUUCGAUCAGUCGCCACGUUUUGAUUGACUGAGCGACAUCGUGUGUGUUUCGGUCUGUGUGCAUGCCGGCACUGUGAAAUCAAGUGUGUACAUUUAUGCAGAUGUGUGUGUUGUAUGUGUGUUUUUUUUCAUCCAUCCUUAGCGGUGUAUCAUUUUUAGGUGUUAGUAAGGGAAUGGGGCCGUCGUUGUUGAAUGUGCCUUUGCUGUAUUAUUUUUUCUUUUCCUGCCAAUAAAGCAGCAACACUGUGGUGUUUAAACUCUGUACAGUAAAAUAAGGAACUGACAAAAAAAAGUCUUAACUCAACAUCCACCUGCUAGCUUUUUUCCAGAGCUUUCAACCACAUCUCACAGUCUGGAGGUCUAUUUGUUACUUUCUUUUCUGUGACACAUAUUCUAAUGCUAUGUGCCGUUAUUUGCUUUUAUCCAAGCUUGUAGAAACGGUCAUUUUUGUCAAAUUGAUGACUGAUCAGCAGCUCUGUCAUAAUUUACAUCCUUAAAUGUCUUUUUUUUUCAAUAAAAUUAAGGUCAGAAUUAGGAGUUAUCUCUUAAUUUCAAGGAAACAAUCUCAUAAUUUAGAAAUGGGUGAUAAGUCCCAAAUAAAUCAAAUUGAAAAUAUUAACCUUUUUUGUUAUUUGAUCUAUUUCAGUUUGUAGAAAUAAGUUCUCUGAUUGCUCCUUGUACUAAAGUUUAGCUUUAGUUGCAGGAUUUUGGACAUUCUUUCCCACUGAACUCUUCCAUUUGUUAAACUCCUUGCUCGAGAGCACUGCGGCAGCCACGAGGCAUUCAAACUGGCAACCCUCCACUCUAACCGGUUCAGAGUCCUCACGCUGCAGAUGUUGUUGCUACUUUUUGUUUUUUAUUUUGUAUGCAGAAAUCUUUGCUGAGACAGAAGCACUGUACACGCUGUUGUAUUAAACCACUAAUGAAUGAAACUAAAGUAAAAUACUAAUAAAGUUGCAACAAAUGCCAACAGACAAAUAUGGAAUAAAUGGAAAACUGUUGAGAAUAUUU